CGGCCCUGCGAGUGACGUUGGGCGACGCAAGGCUGCUGGCGUAGCCGGCCGCCAUCCCUCGUCUCGUCUGCUUGCCUGACGCUGUCCUGCCUCGGCUCUGAUCCUGCGGCCAUUUUGGGCUCCGCUUCCACCCGUCUGCCCGCCCAGCCCUUCCGGGCCCGCACUGCUCGGGGCUUUUCCGCCGUCCAUCUCUCCCGGCAAGUCGCCGCCGCCGCCGCGGGAGGGCUCCUAUUUAUGGUGGAGAGGCCUGGAGCGGACUAGGACACCUCCUAUCCGCCAGGAUGGAUGUCACCUCGGCCGUCGCGUCCUGUGCCCGCCGUCCGGGACUGUGGUCUGUCGCCCGCGGCCGAAGCCGCUCUCCUCUGUGGCUCUUCUGUUGGGCCGGGGAUCGGCCUGGGGCACCUACUCCGCCGCUAGGUAAGGCCAAGACUGUGUAGGCCUCUUCGAGUCCCGCCCGGUCUCCCGCGGCUGAGCUCCGCAUUUCUCUUGGAGAGAUUGCCGAGAACGCGGAGAUGGAGCCGGCAGAAGACGGCUCGCGGGACCGGGCCGCCCCGCGGCCGCGCUCCCGGUUCCGGCUGCCCUUCUUCCCUUGGCGCUCGCGAGCAGGCACUUCUAAGUUCCCCGCACCUCCUGCCCCGGGACACUCCGGGGACCCCAAACAGGCUUCUUGUCCCCUUCCUGAGGCUCGGAGCAGCUCCUGGAUGCAGCUGCUUUCCCAGCUCUUCGCACCGCUCCCCGGCUUGUUUCAGAAGCUGCUGAUCUGGAGCCAGCUUUUUGGUGGGAUGAUUCCGACCAGAUGGCUAGAUUUUACUGGAGGCUACGGCGCCCUGAGAGCCUUGAGGGAACGGGAGGAACCCGCUGCCCCCACGGCUCCAAAAUCCCUGCUGCGUUUCGACCCUUCGGCUGACGCGGCCGCCAAUCCCCUAGAUUGGCUAGAGGAGGGCAUCCACUGGCAGUGCUCGCCCGCAGAUCUAGCCUUGGAACUUAAGGCCAAGGGAAGAGCUUUGGAGUCCGCUGCCCACGCUUUUCUCCUAGAGCAGCAGCAGCUGUGGCGACUGGAGUUGGUGCCGGGGAGCUUCCAAGCCAGUCUGAUCUCCGACCGGGAACUUGGCCCUUCGCCCUCCGAGCCUCUCAACGUCCAGCGCUUAAGCAAUGUUGACGUCGUCUCUUAUUUGCUGAACUCCUCCUAUCUGGACGGCCUGCCCCGGGUAGAGCUCAGCUAUCAGAGCAGCGCUGGAAGGGGCAAGUUGGUGGAUUUCCAGGCGCUGAGCCCGGAGAGCGGCAGCCUGGAUGAGGUCCUGUCUUCUCAUCCGCAGCCGCUGAACGCGGAGAUUGCUCAUGCCUCGUGGCAAGGAUGUCCGCCUCUCUCUAGAGAAGGCCUGCCAGAAAUCCACCAUCUCCGCAUGAAACGGCUGGAAUUCCUUCAACAGGCCAGCAAGGGCCAAGGGUUACCCACCCCUGACCAAGAUCAUGGCUACCACAGCCUGGAGGAGGAGCACAGCCUGCUCCGGAUGGAUCUGAAGCAUCCCAGAGAUAGUCCCACACAGUGUGUCCCCGCUCCUGGAACCGUCCAGGAACCCACAGAGGAGAAAAUAGAGUUGUUGACUGAAGAGGUUCCGUUUGCUCUGGAAAGACACGAUUCCUCAGAAAGCUGUGCAUCAUGUGAGUUUCCUGCUGAACAGGAGCCUGGAGAGGACCAAAUAAGUGUGGUGGACAACUCAGACAUAGAAGAUGACCUUCCCACCUCUGCCAGACCAGCCUGUAGUAACAAAUUGAUAGAUUACAUUUUGGGAGGUGCAGCCAGUGACCUGGAAACAAGCUCUGACUCAGAAGGUGAGGAUUGGGAUGAAGACGCUGAGGAUGAUGGUUUUGAUAGUGAUGGCUCACUCUCAGACUCGGACCUUGAACGAGACUCAGAAGGUCUCCACCUUUGGAAUUCUUUCUACAGUGUAGAUCCUUAUAAUCCCCAAAACUUUACAGCAACAAUUCAGACUGCAGCCCGAAUUCUUCCUAGAGAAUCCUCUGACUCCGAGAAGGAUUUAUCUGACCAGUCUGACGUAGAAAAUUCUCCCCAGACAGGAAGCCUUCCCGAGUCUCCUGACCAUAAUUCUGGGGAGGACGAUGACUGGGAAUCUAGUGCAGAUGAAGCAGAGAGUCUCAGACUGUGGAACUCUUUCUGUAAUUCCGAUGACCCCUACAACCUUCUAAAUUUUAAGGCUCCCUUUCAAACAUCAGGGAAAAAUGGGAAAGGCUGUUGUGACUCAGAGAGGCCACUUGAAUCCAUUGUGACCAUUUCUGACUGUCACUCCUUACUUUCCUGUGAGGUGCACCUGUUAGGGAGCCGAGAAAAUGAAUGUCCAGACUUGGUACAGGGUGGGGUGCUUUCUGGAGAAAGACACACACAUACCCAGAGAAAAAAGGUAACCUUCCUUGAAGAAGUUACGGAGUAUUAUAUAAGUGGUGAUGAGGAUCGAAAAGGACCGUGGGAAGAAUUUGCACGGGAUGGAUGCAGGUUCCAGAAACGCAUUCAAGAAACAGAAGAUGCUAUUGGAUACUGCUUGACAUUUGAGCACAGAGAAAGAAUUUUUAAUAGACUGCAGGAAACAUGCUUCAAAGAACUUAAUGUUUUUGAGCAAUGUUAAGAUGCUUUUGACAGCCCCUGGCCCUAGCAUACAUUACCUCUUAUUUGAGAGGUUUCUUUUAAAAACAAAAAUUGGCAGCUGUCCUUUGACUUUUUUCUUAGAGGAUAUGCAACUUGGAUCCAAUGACCUGGUUUAAUAUGUUUUUGCAACGUAUCCCACUCAGAACUGUCCAGGUUUGAAGCCAAGCCCUGAUAAUGAAGGAUGAAGUGGUGUGAUUUCUAGUCCUCCCUUUUUUGGUUUCUAUAGACAGAUGAGUUUUUGAAUGUUAUAUGCUUGCUGAAGUGAAAAGGGGACCUCUUGAGGUGUAAUUUUGUACUUUCGGAACUUAUUUUCUUGGGAAACAAUAUUUAUAGACUUUAAAGCCCAUUUUCCAUUCUAAUCUAAAUUAUGUGUACCUAUCUAAAAACUUUGGGCUUUUUUUUUCUGCCCCAACAUUCUGGAAUUAAUGGGGUUUUAUGUUUUCUUUUUUUAUUUCAGUUAAUUUGGCCCUUCUACUUUAAGGCUAAGAAAAUAACCUUGUAUAUACUAAUAACUUAAAGUACGGUAUCUUGUGUCACUUUGUUUUUCUUUCUAAAAAUGACUUUUCUUUCUAAAAAUGACUUUGGUUUAAAAUGUAUGGUGGGUUUUUAUUUCUGUAAAUAAAUACCCUACCUGGGAUACUUCCAAGGGCUGCCACAAAAACUACAUGUGCGGUAUUUCCUGCUACUUUGGGAGAGCUGCAUCUUUCUGCCAAAUCUGAUGUAUUUAAUUUCUGUGCAAACCGUUUUCUGGAGAGGGUUCUGUAUAUGUUAUUGUAAUUCCCACUUCAGCGGCUUUUUGUGUCUUCAACAGGUAGAAAUUGUUGUAACAGACUCCAGAAAGUAAUAAUUGCAUCACAGCCAUUUAUUUUUAAAUUUUAAAGCCUAAGAUUUUCCUAGGAAGAAUAUAGGAGAUAUCUCAGAGCCAUUUGGUUUUGUUCUAUAUGCUCUCAAAAGAAAACCAGUGUUACUAAUAUCAUGCCUCAGCACUGUCACUUUUAAAACCUGAUAGGGUGACACUGUGAACUUGGAAAUGGGCAGUUCUUAAUUUUCCAGUUUGAAAUGUAACAUCUAGACUUCAAUCACUAUUCAAGUAAUGGCAAGGCCUAUAGUUUCAGGAUAAGAUAGAACUAUAGAUUUAACAAGUAGUCUUAAUAUCUUUAGCCCAAAGUUUACAUUUGAAUUGAAGUUUUUGCAGUGAUUGGUUGUGCUUGGUUUAUUUAGUUAGCUCUAUGCGGUGUGCAUUUGUAAGGUCGAGGGAAUGUUAACCGACCCUUUUGUGGUCUGUUUUACUUCAUGUGCCUGUGUCACAGGUAAUGGAAAACAUGAGUAGAAUAGAUGAUGUAUUAAUUUUGAACUUGUUUCAAAGUGGGAACACAUAUUUCAUCAGAAGUGCUUGCAGGGUUACUACCUCAGUUUGUAAUGAACCUGGUCUUUACUUCUAAUUGGUUUGCUCUAAGAACUGCCUCUAAUGUUUUACACACACACACACACAGAGAGAGUACAACAACAUAAAAGUUGGUCAGGUUUUUUUGAUUUUUUUUGCUUUUUAGGACUGCACCUGUGGCAUAUGGAGGUUCCCAGGCUAGGGGUCUAAUCAGAGCUACAGCCACAGCAAUGCC